AUGAAUGGAUUAUUUGGGAAACCUUUGAAUGUACAAGUCGCUAUUUUGGCACAGAAUAAUUUACUCGACAAAAUGUACGACAGCAUCGGUAAGGACGGCACAAAAGAUGCAGUAAUGGUCGCCCUUGAUAUAACACGCCAAAUGAACAUGAAACCACAGAUAAUACAACGAAAAAAAGAUUUAGAGAAAUGCCGGUAUUGGAGAAACAAAGCUAACUCCGAAACUUCUGGUCGAGCAAUUAAAUGUUAUAACGGUUCACUUUUGUACACUCCGAUUACUCAUUCUAAGGAGUUGAUCUCCACAUACCGUAAAAGAGCUGAAUUGUUAUUCAAACUCGAAGAAGGAAGCUGUUGUAUGAAUGAUAUUGACAUUAUAACUGCUAUGGGAUGUCCACCUGACAAGAAUAUCAAUAUGCUACGACAGCAUUCUCAACAAUUAAUACCAUUGGAUCAAUUAGAUACUAUGACUUUUCCAUAUUUUCAGUUCCCUGCAAAACGUAACAAGAGCAUACCAUAUGCAAAUGCAAAUAUAAGCAUCGUGAGAGAAGAUGGCGUGCCGAAAGUGGUUGCAGCACGAAAUAUACGGAUCGGAGAACUCGUAGCGAUUGAACCUGCAUUUGUAGCUGUGCAUCACAAAACUAACCGCAAUAUAUCUUGUUACAACUGCUUUAAAUUUACUCCGAGUCUUAUCCCGUGUGAGACUUGUUGUUACGCUAUGUUCUGUACUGAAGCAUGCAGGAAGCAAUGUUUGGAAGGUUACCACAAAAUCGAAUGCCAGAUAAUGGACGUUCUUGAAAACGUUGCUACUACGGCAAGGCGUAGAUUGUCUGUGAUGGCAGCUCUAAAGAUUAGACAAAUGUCCAAGAGCUGGGAGGAUGUCGUUACAGCUUCACGGACUAUCGGCACUGAAAGAAUGAAGAACAGUUCAGACGACGAGAUAUUCGACUGUAAUAAUCCGCAUUCAAUUCUGAGUUACAAUGAUUAUCAAUUUUUAAUUCAUGGUAAAAUAUUUAACCAAAGCUUCAUAUUUGCGACCGUUAUAGACAGUUUAAGUGAUAUACCCGAUUACUUCCCAACUGACGAAGAUGAACAGUUGGAGGCUAUGCAUGCUUUGGGGAGAAUCAUGCUACACUUAUAUGUUACGUUCCCAUUGGAGAUAGAAAUUCAAAACUGGCAACGCAAUUGUAUUAGUGGUUUUACAAAUAUUUACACAAACCCGCAUAUCGGGUUUUUUCUUUUUACUAGUAAACUUAAACACUCUUGUGAGCCAAAUUUAUUGGAGAUUGGACUCAAUAAUAAGGUAGGCUUAGUAGCUAUCCGUCCUAUUAAAAAAGGAACAGAACUAAAUAUUAACCACAGGUGCCCACCGGGCGUGAAAAAUGAUGAACUGCUGAAAAAUUUUUUUAUUAAUAAUGAAUUUAGAUGCCAUUGUUCACAAACUGCCAGGGACGAAAGCAUUCCACGAGAAAUCAAGUUUAACAAUAAGCAAGUGAGAAUCUACCGAAGGUGGGAGAAUAACGUUUGCAAAUACGCGGUCUCCACUCUAGAACAGGUCUACUCCAGGGAGCAUUGGUUCUGCAACAGAUAUGAUCAGCCCACUGCCACCUCAACUUGCGAAUAUAAAUAA